AUGGCAUUUCACGCAGCACGCGUACCGUCUCUGCUUCCAAGCGUACCCAUUCGCAUCUCAGAGACGGUCAGAGCGCGCCUUCCCCAGCCGCACCUCUUUGCAGACAGAUCCCACCUUUCCCGGCCAGAACUCCCAGGCGUCAGCCCGCAGCGCCCCGUCACGAGCGCCGCCGAUGGUGCAAGAAAGCUGCUGCUGGAGGAGAGCCCUUAUACCGAGCCUUCCACUGGCGAGGAUGCGUACAGUGCGGCAGUGCUUGCGCCGACAGCAGCAGAAGCGCCGGCUUCAGAAGUUGAUGGAAGGAGUGGGGGAAGCGGCGCCGAUGGCGGCGAGACCGAGCGCCACACUUCGACUGGCGGAGGGGACGGGGAAGUGGACGGGGGAGACGACGGCAGAGGGGGCGGGGGAGGGGGCGGGGGAGCCGACGGCGGUGGGGGCGGGGGAGCGAAUGGGGGAGGCGACGGGGGAGGGGACGGGGGAGGGGACGGGGUAGGAAGCUCUGAGUGGCCGUCAUUCGCGGAGGGUGGUCAGGAGGUCGUUGGUAACGAGGGGAGCGCGGAGAGCCGCCCGCCUGCCACGUGGUGCGAUAACGAGGCUUGCUUACGUGGCGCGCUGCUGGAUCGCGCGCCCGCCGUCUACCUCACGCGCCACGUGUACCUGACCAACGGCGAGCUGCCAGCUGUCAGGCACACGGUGGCCGUGACGGGCUUGUGUUCGUCGGAUCAGUGCACGAUCGACGGCCAGGGGAAGUCCAGGAUCUUCUCCGUUCAAGCAGGCGGUUACCUGGCGCUCCAAAACAUCGCUCUGCUGCACGGAUUCGUCCCACGGGGCAAGUUCGGCGGCGCAAUUUUCGUUUCCGGGCUGCCCGACUCACCGCCUUCACCAAUGGAGACCCUGCCCCAGGCCUACCUGUCCGCUUUAGGCACGAGCUUUUAUAAUAACAGUGGAGAGAGCGGAGGUGGGGCGGUGGCAAUAGGCAGUAAUGCGGCGGCGUUUUUCCACGGUGCCAAUUUCGCUUUCAACUCCGUUUUCAUGGACGCCUCUGGGAAGCAUCGAAGCAGGGGAGGCGCCAUGUAUCUGGGGGCACAGGCCGACAGGAGCAUAACAACCACCCAUGCCCCUCACAAAGCGCGGGAAUGCCCGCAAGGAGUGGGCUACACAAGCACCUCUCCCUGUGUGACUGUUCUCGACUCUCUCUUUGUCGCCAACUCUGCUGCUGUGGGCGGAGCCGUGUUUGUGGAUGGGAGCGACGCUGCCUGCCACAACGCAUCAUCAACCAACCAGGAUGUGAGCACACUGGGAGCCUCUCUCCACAUGAGCAACGUGCUGCUUGAGGCCAACACGGCUGCUGUGGACGGCGGGGCAGUGGCUGUGGGGUCUCAUGGCCGGCUUGGGGGGCAAGCUUCGUUCUCCACCAUCCGUUUCAAUGAGAACUCGGCUGGGAGGGAUGGGGGAGCGCUGUUUGUGGGAGGGGGCCGUCCCGAGCAUGCCGGCAGCACAGCCACUAUCUACCAUGCAGUUUUCCUGAAUAACACCGUUGGUGCCACUGCUGGGCCACCGCUCCCUACCCUGCCGACUUCCCUUCCCACUCCAACCGCCUUACCUCCUCCUCCUUGCGCUCGUCACCUGCGGGAGAAGCUUCCUAAGGAGCCACAACCACCAAGGUAUAAUGGGACAUCGGAAGGCAACGUGACAGGAGACCUGCACUUGGUGGGGCUGCAUGGGGAGCGACUUGACUUCCACGGCAAGCCUGGGGAGAGCUACUGCUUGCUCUCGGAUUCAGACAUCCACGUUAACAUGCGACUCGUUGCUUGGGCACAUAACAGCACGACGUAUAUGGAUGAAGUCGGCAUACUGUAUAAAAACAAGGGGGCAGGCAGCAGUGAAGAUGAUUUGAUGGAGGUUAUUGUGGUUGCGCUGUCACAUCCCGGUGCAAGGGUUUCGGGUUUUCAAGGAGGGCUCUUCAUUAAUGGAGCCGAGUUGCCUAAUGUUGAUUUAACAGUCUCCAUGAGCAAUAAGAUGCUCAGAGUGGAUCGUACAAGCAGAUCCGUUCGGAUUCGCGUCACAAGUACAUUCGAUAUGACUAUUGACAUCAGAAGAGCAGCGUUCUAUCACAACACCGACAAAUGGGUGCACCAAAACCAU